AUGGCGCUGGCUUUCUUCCAGCAAGCGGGUGACUUUGUGACCAAUUCAUUUACAAAUUCUCAAAGUCAACGACCUGUUUUAGCUGUUGCAGGGGCCUCACUUACGGUAGGACUGGCUCUCGGCGCAAUAUGGGCAUCUGAGAGAUCACCACCUAAAAUCAUCCCGUCGCCUCUAAAGGCUGUUCAGUCUGCUACAAUAACCAAGGAUGGAGAAUUGCCUGUGCUUCCUCUAGAUGUUCUUCCUGGUGCGCGCGAUGUCUCGACACCUUAUGGUUCAAUUCGAGUGUACGAAUGGGGACCGGAAGAUGGACACAAGGUCCUGCUCGUUCAUGGCAUCUCCACUCCAUGCGUUUCGCUAGGAGGUCUGGCCCAUUCCUUGGUAGAUAGAGGAUGUCGCGUUAUGAUUUAUGAUUUAUUCGGGAGAGGAUUCUCCGACACUCCAGGCGAUAUCCCUCAAGAUGAUCGACUCUUUGCUACACAGAUUUUCCUCGUUCUUGCUUCAUCACCGCUAUCCUGGACUGGUUCAUCAUCGGGCAAAUUUUCUCUUAUCGGCUAUUCACUAGGCGGCGGUAUUACUGCCGCUUUUGCGUCACAUUUCCACGGCCUGCUUUCGUCUUUGAUUCUCCUUGCACCGUCAGGAUUGCUACGUGACUCUCACGUCGGCUGGCAAACUCGCCUUUUGAAUGCAAAGGGCUUGCUUCCGGAGAGCGUCAUUGCAAGCCUUGUCAAAGGCCGACUGAGAGCUGGUCCGCUAGUCAAACCCAAAAAGGGCAAUAGUUCGCACAACGCGACCGUCGGUGUUGAAGACGCUCUUACUCAAGAGCUCACUGCUUCUUCUCAACAAGUGCUCUCACGAACAUACCCAUCUUUGAAGACUGCGGAAGCUGUGACUUGGCAGGUAGAGAAUCACGAUGGCUUCAUCCCAUCAUUCAUCUCCAGUAUGAGACAUGGUCCGAUCUUGCAAAAGUCGCAGCUAGAGAAUUGGAAGAGACUGGGAAGAUUCCUUUCUCAACGCAAACGAGAAGGMAGCGGCACCGGUCUCGCCCACGAUAAGGUUCUGGUCGUGUUAGGAGAAACCGACAACGUCAUUUUCAAAGAUGAUACCGUUGAGGAUGUGACGCAUGCGCUGGAAGGCAAUGCGCAGAUUACAUACUUCAGCAUUGGACAUGAAUUUCCCAGUGUUAAAUACGAAGAGUUGGCUGACCAGCUCAUCGAGUUUUGGAAAUAG